AUUUGCAGCAUAAGAAUGGAUUUAUCGGUCCGAGGAGCCAGAGGAACUAUUAAAACUAAAAGCGCACGAACAAUCCUCAGUAAAGAGUAUAGACAAAAUAAAGGAAAACAAAACUAAACAAAAAGUAAUACGAGAAGUAAGCCUCUGACUACACACCAGUGGCCACCAAUGCGAGAGAUCCUCCGGAGAAUUUACAAUCAAUUAGAAGGAAGUACAUUGGGUGCGAGGAACCUCCACCGGUGGUAUCGUAAUAUUCGCUGAAUAACUCUGAAUGUGUGUGGCAACAGUGUGUGCGCGUGUAUGUGUGUGUGUGCGUGUGUAUAGUCCUGUUAAAAUCCCCAGCCCAGCCUCCGUUUGCAAAUCAUCCUAGAGCUGAUAUUGAACUACUUGAUCUAACUGGUAUAUCUCAUAACGGCUCGUCAGAAACAACACAACUGUUAAACAGUUGUGUGCUGAGCGAGACUAAUCGUGAGGGUGUUAAAGUUAAUUGUGUAGAGAAACCCGUGGAUGGGUGGUUAAAAAUAUCAACAACAAAAAAAAAACAAAAAAAUAUGAAAAACACGCUACGUUAAGUAGUGGAAGUAGAGUGCGGGAGAGGACGGUUGCUUACGGAAGGAUGCUACACCGGAAGGACAAGAGGAAAUACAAAAGUAACAUAUAAAUUCAGCAGCUCACUGUUAUGCAACACCAAGAGACUUUAGAGUAGAAUCAUUUGAUUUUUGGGUUCGUUUCAUCGUUCACAUCGGGCGUGUUGUCGUAGCUGGAUCGCGUGGACGGUGGUGGAAGGUGGUGGACUCCCCACCUCACCUUACCGCUCCGCCGCCAGCCGGUACAUGUAAAACCUAAAAUCUUUAAAUUGUAUCUAGCCAAAUCGUUAACCAGAGAGCGGCGAAAGGAACAAAACCGAGACGAAGGUGAAACCUUGAAUGUAACGGCGGCAGUGGAACAAAUCCCGCAACCAUCACAAUCAAUCAAGCAUCUUCUCCUCCGCAAAACAAAAAAACCCACACCGAAUUGUGAGGUAGCGGACUUUUUCGUUACCACCAUGCCAAUGUACCCAGCCAUCUUAUGUUAGCUCCGAAGGUACCCCCGCAAACUUGGUGGCAUGGAGAUUCGUUUUAACUAACUGCAGACACUUUUUAAGUGAUUUGCAAAAUGCAUUUAACUCCAUUUACGAGGUGUUUAUUGUUUCCAUAUAACGUUCUACUGCGGGCCCAAAACUAAUCCAAUGAGUUUUAUCUCGCCUAACGGAUACAACAGGACAGUGCAGAGUGUAGUAGGCGUUGGAUAUUUCUUUUUUGUGAUAGAAAAACCAUCGCUAGCAGGCCAUGAUCGCCUAGUGUCAAUGCUCGGUUACCUACGGCAUCUUUGUACAUAAUAGUUGUUCUUCGGUGUUUUAAACCAAAAUCGCAACGAGUGUCUAUAUAGAUCGUCCUGUAAAAGCAAUGUGUGUGUGUGUGUAUGUGUGUGUAUGUAUGUAUGUCUGUGUGUACGUGCGUGUGUGUGUGCUUUUAUUUGUAGCCACUACCUCAUCGCCCAUCUACUGUAACCCUGGCGACGGUGGGAUAUAGCGUGUAGCAUCAGCAGCAGUGCAUGCUGUGCGUGCUACGUUACGGGAGUUUAAUAUUUUGCAUUUUCCAUUUUCCGUUUCGCUUUUCUCCCUUCCCCUCUCUCCCUCUUCUCGUUGGCUACGGGUGUACUGUCGCCACCUUCCCCACCCCCAUUAGCUUUUCCGCGUUCGACGCAUGGCAUCGGGCAAUGUGUUGUUGCAUUAAAAACGGAUUCCGAUAGCUCUAAAUACGAAUAGUGAAGACCGCUCGCUACCGGCGAUUUUUGCGAUCGCAUAUACAUAUACUCUACAGAAUAAAAAAAGAUAAAUUAACAUAUACCUGUAUGUAUGUGCGUACCUUUCGUGUAGGAUCAGCAUGCUGGCUCUCCGCGAGCAAAUAUAACAGGUAUACAAACUAGUAGUACAUGCAGAGGAUACAGACGAGUGAGUGUACAAAAGUGAACUACGGACGUGUUGGGCCGGGCUGUAAAGCCUACUAGAACGUGCAGAGAUAGACGUACCAGCAACAUCGUCACCACGGCACACAUACACUCACUCACGCAUACGCGCACAUACUGGUUGCUAUUGGUUUUUGUGAAUUGUGCAAGCACCACUAGAGCCACCGAGGUCACGAGGAUGAAGUUUGGAUCAUUUACAGGCAAGGGUAGGCGAGCGGGGUCUACGAGGAGGCCGGUGUGUCUGCUAGCAUAAUUAGUGCACACGAGGCUUUUACUAGAAGGAACCGCUACUUUCUAUAAGCGCGCAGACCAGCAGAAGAAAGGAAGAAGGACAAGAAUGGAAAUUAAAACCAAUUACUACUCACCGCAUUGUGCACGUGUGCGUGUGUGUGUGUGUGUGUGUGUGUGUGUGUGUGUGUGUGUGUGUGUGUAUGUGCCCGUGUGGUCAUGCUAAAGCAAAUGUGCAUUAUACACACGUAUAUUUAAUAUAUCGUUUAAAAGUAGAUUGGUGAUUAGUCGUCGUUUCCGACAGCAGCCUUGUUCGCAGAGCACGAGGAUGUGCUACCCACACCCCCAAACCCUAGGUAAAGUGUUUUAAAGGGGGUUUAAAGGAGUUUUCCGAACUCCUGGGCUCCAGGAUCGCGUAGAAAAUUCUCGCGCUUACGUUUUUGCCAAAAGAACAAAAGAAGCAGAAGCGAGGGAAAGCGGAAGAAGUUAGAAUAAAGUUAAAAUGAUAAGUGUGAGAUUGUGAGUGAUUGCGACGAUUGCGUUUCGCGGCCACCGGCAAGAACGUGUGCAUGUAUGUUCGUGUACCCCUGUACUACACUAUCCUACUCCCCUACACCCCACCCCUGUGCAACUCUCCUGUGAAUUGUAUGUGUUAAUUUAGCUGUGUAGCAAUUAAUGGAACACUACUGUUUACCGAGGCGAUAGUGAUGAAGUCCCGUGCAACAACAAGCACGACAGCGAAAUGGAGAUGAAAAGGAGGAAAAAAGGCGUGCAGCAAACAAUUAUUGGAGCACAUUUACAGAAAGAAUCCCUUUAGUAGCAUAUAGAUCGAAAUGAAUGGUAUUUUGAUCGUUAACCACGGCGAAACGUUAUGAACGUUCCAACACAAAAUGCGUGCCGCAGCAGCAGCAGCACCAUCAACCACCGCACAAGUAGGCGGCGGUACAAGAAUAUUAUUAAAAAAGCAAAUCCUGCGGGUAUGAUUCUAUGUAAGCGGGGAGAUAACGCGCAAAGGAGGAACAACACAAAAAAAUCACAAAAAAAUGUUACAAGUUUAUGUGCAUUCGAGGGCAAAGAACAAACAAAAAAUUAGUGCGAUACUGGAGGGAAGGGUUAGGCGCCAUUUCAGCGUUAAGAACAGUGAGAAAACAACAGUCACUUGUCGCAGUAGUAGCAGCAGCAACAGCAGCAGGAAAAACUAUGAUGAAAUAAAUGAAGAAAAUUCUUGUAAAUUACACCGAGUAUUAUGCCAAC